GUUCCUUUCCACAAUUAAAAUGUCCAACAAAACAUUAAACGAUUGGGAUACGAUUGCAAAAACAUUAACCAAGGAUGAUGUGGCUGAAGAGGACGAAGAACUGGAUACACUCGAAGCACUGGAGGCAAAGAUGAGUAAAGUGCCUCGUGGGAUGUUUGUAAGCGGAUGGGACGAUGCGGACGAUUUCAUCGAGGAAGACAAAGAUCCCAAAGCUACCAUUGAGCGGCACGUACUGUGGGCUGCCGGAGAGAAUAAGCUGGAAAGUGUGGAAAGCAUCGUAAAUCGUCAAUCGAACGUUGUGCAUGCGAUCGAUAGUGAUGGUUACACACCGCUACAUAAGGCUUGCUACAAUAACAAUCGCGCGAUGGCUCUGCUACUAUUACGAUACGGUGCCAAUCCGAAUGCCCGCACCGGCAUGGGAUGGACACCGUUGCAUUCGGCCUGCAAGUGGAAUAAUGCACCGUGCGCCGCCCUAAUGCUGCAACAUGGAGCUGAUGUGAAUGCGCCUUCGGAUGGUGAUCAGACACCGCUACACAUUGCCGUUACGGUGUCGAGUUGCCGAUCAACAUUGCUGACGCUACUGAUGAACGCACGGUGUGAUCCGACACGUAGGAACAAUUCGGAUGAAACCGCUGAACAGAUAGCGAAACGAAGCGGCGAUUCUUUUCCCAUGUUUGCGAUGGCUCACUCUGCCUUUACGGUCGAAACUGGGGUGAUCGAUUAAUAGAGAAGGGCGAGA